UGGAGAGUGGGGAAUCGAUGCUGUCGACGGUGGCCCCCUUUGUGAUGUCAUCUGGGGCAUUCCAGAGGCGAGCGCCUGAAGCCUUUUUAUAUUGCUAUCUCUGGGCCGAGUGAAAGAUGGGUUUAUCUCGAGAUACGCAGAGGAUUUGACUCCGCACGUCUUCCUUCGGGCUCCGCACGUCGUUUUCUCCGCACGCAAAGCCAGCCAUAAAUGCAAUCCGCAGUUCCAUCCAUGGCAGUACGGGUUGAAGAGAUGGAUCAGGGAUCAGAUGCAAGCUGUGCUUGACUCUUACUAUCAUUGAAGCCGUUGACUCUCCACUCAAUCCUCAUUAGCCAAUAUGGAGAAGGCCUUGACACCUGCCAUAUUACCCCUGCACUUGCAGCAUAUCUCAGUGCUCUCAGGCGUCGAGUAUGCCACGCUACUCAUUCUGCUCGCGAUCACAGGAAUCUGCUGGACGUAUCGCAACCGGGGCUUCUGGACCUCGUCCUCUGCCAACUUGAAAUGGAUCACCGGUCCCAAGGGGUCAUUUCUCAAGGGCAAUCUCCAGGAGCUCAAGACCAACGGUGCUGCCAGCUGUACGGCGUGGUACUCGCUGUAUAAGCGGUUUGGACCGGCGUACGAGUUGACUAUUCCCUUCUACCGCAUGCAUGUCAUCAAUCAUCCCUCCUAUCUUGAAUAUAUUCAGAAGACCAACAGCAAAAACUACAUCCGGGGCGCGUUCACUCGCAACGUCUUUGGAGAGCUCCACCGCUCUGGUGUCUUUGCUGUAGACGGCAAGGAAUGGCUAGUCCAGCGCAAGGCGGCGACUCGAGCCUUUAGCAAGCGGAACUUUGAGACUCAUAUCACGCAGUCCCUUCACCACUGGCUUGACAUCCUGAUGCGUCUGCUGUCGAACCUGUCCAAAUCACAGACCGAAUUUGAUUUCCAGGAACUGAUGGGACGCUUUAUGUUCUGUUUAUUCCUGAGGAUGGCUUUCCACGCCGACCAGCUCGCUCUGGAUGUUCUGUCUGACGAUCCGGCGAGUCUGAAGUCUCAGGUCGAUUACAUGGACGCCUUCGACGAGGCCACCCAUUUGUUUGACCGGAGGAGACGCGACCCUCUGUGGAAAAUCACAGAAAAGUUGUCUGGCGAAGAUAAGGUCACCAAGAGAGCCGUGAGCCUGUUCUAUCGAAAGAUAGAUAGUCUUAUCCAGGAUCGUCUUGACGCCAUGAAGAAUGGAUACACGCCUGACCCCAGCGCUGGAGUUGACCUCCUGGACCUUUUCCUGCAGACAACAGAGGACCGAUAUACGCUGGGCGGAAUGGUCUUCUCAUUCCUCACCGCUGGACGCGACACGACAGCGUAUACUACUUCAUGGUACAUGAAGGAGAUUCAUCACAAAGACAACCAACAUCUUGACGCCGCGAACAAGAUCCGAGCUGAAGCCGAUGCACUUGGAUUCUCCAGCAGCUACCUUGGUUAUGGAGAUGCACCGAAAAUGCGCUUCGCAAACGCCAUGUGGGAUGAGACUUCUCGCCUUGACACUGUCUCUCCUGCUGGGCAAUUAGAGGCAGCAGAAGACGACGUCCUCCCCCCCGUGCCUGAGAUCAAUAUGCCUGCUCGUCGAAUUAAGAAAGGCGAUCUCGUCAGUUACCAGAACUAUGUUCUUGCUCGCAUGCCUGAAGUUUGGGGAGAAGACGCCGCCGUCUUCAACCCCUACCGAUGGUUCAAGGAGAGUGGGGAGCCCAUCUCUUACAGCCCCUUCAAAUACCACUCCUGGAAUGCCGGCCCCCACGCUUGUCUUGGACGGGCCCUCGCCACGUUUGAGGGCGUCACCAUUACCACUGCCAUUCUUCAGCGAUUUGAUAUCAUCUUGUCUGAUGAUAGCAAGGUGUACGAGCCACUUGCUGCGAUGAACAUGGGUGUUAAAGGUGGAGUUCUCAUGAGAGUGCGGGAGAGAGUCCCGGCAGCCUAAGAGCCCUUUGAGAGUGAGGGGCUGGGCAUAUCUUACUGCCCAUUCAGCUGCUUUCCACAGCUGAUAGAAAAAGGGUAUUUUCGGGAAACUCCAUGCAACUGAAUAAUGUGAUUAUGUUCUUAUACUCGGCAUCAUAUAUU